CCCUUAAAUUGGACCCUCCGAGCUUUGACUGGGCUGGUGUGCUCGCUUUUUUGUUCUCCGCGUAGCCGCUGCCACACCGCAAGGAAAUAACGGGAAUUCACUCGCAGCCCCGGCUUCACUUUGGGUGGAUCAUUGAAGAAUGGAGGUCACACGACUCAUUCACUUCUCCGAGUCAACAUCUGAGCAGUCAGUAAAAACUGGCUGCAUCUGCACCUAACCAGAGUCCGUGGAUUUACCUUCCUUUGGUUUUUGCAAAGAAGCCACAUCAAUGAAUUUCAUUAUGGACAUUCAUGAACCCGAUCCUGUGUUGUCUGCAUAAGAACAGGAUAUGCUCAUUGGACAGCAGUGAUAUAUUUGAUCCCGGCCCAUUGAUUUUGACAACAUGUCUCUCCCCAAGCGGAGGAAAAUCCGGACUUUUGCCUUGCUGUUUUGCGUCAUUACAUUUACAACAUUUCUGUUCAGUUACACUUUCAGGGACCCGUCGGUCUACUUCUUCAAGCACGCUUUUCGCCUGUCGGAUAACUUUUUCUCCAAAGGACUUUGUGCCUGCCAGCAGUGCAUGACGGAGGUGGAGGAUGACCCCUGGUUUGCUGAGCGCUUCAAUCAGUCCAACCAUCCUCUGAUGACCAGGGAGAACAGCGUCCUCUCUGAUGAAACCUUUAAAUGGUGGCAGUGGUUGCAGUCAGAGAGGCAGCCGGCCAACUUCUCUGACGUUGUGGAGGAGCUGUUCCAAGUCAUCCCCGAUGAGGUGCUGUACAUGGACGCCAGCCCCAAGCGCUGCAGGACCUGCGCCGUGGUGGGGAACUCUGGGAACCUGAAGGGGGCCCAGUACGGCAGCCUCAUCGACCACUGUGACUUCAUCAUAAGAAUGAACCAGGGGCCCACCUCUGGCUUUGAAGAGGAUGUGGGCACCAGAACAACACACCAUGUCAUGUAUCCAGAAAGUGCCAUAGACCUGGACAACACCACCAGCCUGGUGCUGAUCCCCUUCAAGACUCUGGAUCUGCAGUGGAUCAUUAGUGCUCUGACCACGGGCACCAUUAAACACACAUAUACAGCUGUUGUGUCCAGGAUAAAGGCAAACAAAGAUAAGGUGUUGAUUUACAGUCCAACGUUUUUGAAAUACAUCUACGAGUCUUGGCUUGAAGGUCAUGGACGAUAUCCUUCCACUGGCUUCCUCAGCUUAAUGCUGGCCGUCCACAUAUGUGAUGAAGUCAGUGUGUUUGGAUUCGGUGCAGACCAGUACGGAAACUGGCACCACUACUGGGAGGAGAACCAUUUGGCCGGAGCUUUCCGGCACACGGGAGUCCAUGAUGGAGAUCACGAAUAUAAUGUCACCCUGCUGCUGGCAGACAAGCACAAGAUUCAAAUGUUUAGAGGCAGAUGAUACCGAGCUGUGUGCAGCGGGAUGACCACCAAACAAACCUCAGCAGCCGUUCAAAUGUUUAUUUUUCAUUCGCCUCACGGAAGAAGAGUGCUUUUGUCAUGAUUUAGAAAGACGUUGUCGCAUGAACUCUUCUGGUCCGCCCUGUUUCCUUUUCGUCCCCUGAUUCAAAUGCUAUUGACAAACCAACAGAGCUUCACUCUCUGCUCUGUGUGCCCAAACGAAGACAAUGACCAGGCCAUGAACAAUACAAAAGCACUGCCAUUUGUUUACGUCGCCCCCGAAUGACAUGUGUCAUGUAUCAUGCUGUACAUGAACAGCUUUUGUACUAUUGUAUGUGCAUACUCUUUGAGUUCUUAGCUAUUUACUAGCAUUGUGUCCACCUUAAGCUUUGUAUGUUUAUGGUCACUGACAAUAGAUAAGAUCGAUAGGAUCGAAUACAUAAGUGCCAUGGAAACUCUGUUGAUGUGUAGACAAAGCAAAGAAGUAUUUUGGAAGCCGUCCACACAUCCAUGUUUACAGAUAACAAACGUAAAGGCAUUUUAAUUAUCUUCUUGACUAUACUGUAAAUAUCACUUCAUGUUAACGUUCCACCAUAAUGGCAGAUAUAACAAUCAGCUCUUUUUUCAUCAGGCUGAAUGAAUCUGACCAAAUUCUCAUAAACUACCUGCACUACAGAACCGCCACCUCCACUUUGAAAUUUGAAAAACAUAUGAAAAGUUAUUCAAAUUGUCAUAAUUCAUUUAUUCAGGGGUUUGUUCUAUUAUAUUUCUGUGAAUUUUAUUUCUCAACAUUAUGGUCAGAAAUCAUGGUCAAGCAAUACUGAUUUUUCUUUACUUAUGUUAUUUUUUUGUUCACCUAAAAUGUAUUAAUUCACAUUUGAAUAUACUGAGUCUAAACAUACUGAAAUCAGACCAUCUAGAACACACUUUGCAUACAUUUAAGUGUGUAACUAUUAUUAACUUUCGUUAACUUUCGUUGAAGCAGUGUCAAAGGUCGCAUUCAAGAAAUUUAGGAUCACAGAUUACUUAUGUUUACAUCUUUUUAACAACAUGGCUCAUUACAUAGUAAAGCAUUGUUUUGGGGCUGAUUGUUGGAAUGUCCACUAGCCCUAAAGGGCUCUAUUACUGGAGACCUGCAGCAAGAGAUGGCUUUAGAGUUGUGCUAUAGUGGAGCCAUCGAUGAGGUUUUCAUCAAUGUUGUACCAGGUUCUUUAUUGAACAACCAGUUGUUGUUGAAGUUAUAAACGUUCAUCAUUUAUCACGAAGACUGGACAUAUGAUACAGCAUAUACAGGGGUGCCUUAUCAUUAAAAUCCAUACUGCACAUUUCUGAUGUACAUUGUGACAUAUUAUUCAUAAAAAGUAGGUUUUAAGUGCCUUUAAUUGGAGGUUUUUACCAUCACAAUGCACUGUAUUUUCAUUAUUUUCAUUUGUAUUACUAAAUUUGUUUGCAACCUUUAAAAGUUUGUUAUUAUUGUGUAGUGUAUUUUAAAGGAACAGCGUGUAUCAUUUAGAAAUGUAGAAGAGUAUGCUUUCUUUAGCGUGGGAUCACCUAAAAAUAAGACUCGUUGUGUUUUCCUUAGAAUGAGCCGUUUAUAUUUCCAUACGGAGCGGGUCCUCUUCCCGGAGCUGGUCACCAUGUUCUACAGUAGCUCAGAAGGGACAAACCAAACACUGGCUCUAGAUAGGGCCAUUUUCAAAUGUUCUCGUCGUCCACCUUAGUUUUUCUACACGCUUGGCAGGCGGGAGGACAAUCAGUUGGUUGCAGUCUGCAACCUCACCUUUAGAUGUCACCAAAUCCUGCACACUGCAUCUUUAAAGCGUCAUGCGCAUGAAACAUAACAUAUAACCACUUCAGUAAUUGUCAGAAGGAUUGUUUAGCAUGUGCCACAGAACAAAAUGUUGGGUUGGCAACAUAUCUGGCUCUGCAGUUUUGACGAAACACAGCUGUGAUUUUCCAGGCUUUAAAUCAUUAGCUGCAUUUGCGGAAAUUGUUGUAGAUGUGUGAGUGGAAGGUGUUGUAGAUGUGUGAAUGCUUUAUGACUUAUCAUUUUCAUCCAAGAAUCUGAUUUGAAACAUUGUAACUCUUGUCAGGAAUUCAGCUUGGUGGCGCUCAUGAAAUAGGCUAUGAUUUGCUCCGUGUGCCUUGAAACAUAAUGGGACAUUUGCCCACUCAGUGUCUUUAUGAUGUUUUUCCUCUCCAUGUGAGAGCAGGCUAAUGCCACAAUAUUUGUUUAAUAAUUCAAAUUUGACAGCCACCUUGUAGACGACAGUGAGUGGUGUACAUCUGUUCUGCAGGGGACACUGUCACCUAGUGGACAAGAUCAUGUAUCAGCAUUAACGUCACUUGAUUUGUCCAUUAUAAGACCGAUGCGACGCUAAAGCAAUUACAGACACUUUUAAAACUUCAAACAUUACAGAGUCUGUCCUACACACCCGUGUUUGAUCUUCAAUUCCAUCCAGUUGAGGUUUACAUUGUUGUAUACUUAUAUAAAACCCAACCAAGCAGCACCUUUAUAAAAAUUAACAUUUUUAUUUUCGUUGUGUAAUUUCUCACUUUCAGGUCAUUGAUACUGACUUGUGUGGGAGGGAUGGACAAUGAAAAACAUGCAUUGUUCAGUUAUUCAGUUGUCAGUGAACUCCCACAAUACAGAAACACAUAAUUGGAGUCUUUUGCAAAAAUAUUUGAAAAGGACAAGGACGCUUAUUAAUAAAUAAUAAUACAAAAUAUAUAUACACAUGUUGUGGGAAGCUGUAAUGAAGAUGGCUAUAGCCUGUACAGUAUUCAGACUGGUAUACACAGACCCAAUUAUUUACUUUGAUGAUUUAAUAAAAGAUGUCUUUCUUUUUUAGAGAAAUGCAUAACAUUUCACUGGUUCUCAACAGCAUAAUGAUUGUUUCUAUAAACAUCAAUAUGUUUUGCCUUUGGGCAACCACUUUGAACUAAUUUCUCUUUCUGCUGUUGGACAUAUUGUGUUUCCUCUUCUAGAUAUUCAUGUCAUCUCCAUCAUUUAAACUGUGUUCGUUUAGACUCUAAACCUUUAAACUUUAGAGGAUGAAAUCCGAAACAUGUUCAUUUGUCCACUAUGAUAAGAGAGACGGUGUUGAGUGCCCCCCUCUAUGCGGUAAGUUUGUUUCAUCCACCAUUACACAAUACAACUAACAGACUUGUAAUAGAAAUGUGUGAAUACCAGCUGAUUCUUGUGGUUAUUUUCUCUUAUUUCC